AUGCAGCUCCUCACAGUCAACCCAGACAGAAUGACUCGUCGAUCAGCCGAAGUCGAUGAAAUCAGAGACUUUUUUGUGAGCACCGGGGGAUGUUGGUACACCCAGGGCCUUAUUCAAGAAGGUCGCAAUAUCACGGACUGGCACAUAGUCGAAGGAGACCUCAUCCCUCUAAUCAAGAAGCAGCUUGAUCUCGGACGUCAGAGAGCUUUGCAUGGAGGAUACUACGGACGCCGGAACAAGAUAAUGACCAGGAUCAACGACGCCGUUGAUCGUCUAGACGCAAUCCCGACACAGAUAUAUGCUGCUGCUGCAAUGAUGGGUCAUUUCGUGGAGACUCACGGAAUUCAGCGUGUGUGCCUCAUCACCCGCACAGGUCCCACCUUCCAAGCCGGCAAGCAAAACACCAUUGAUCCUUCAAUCAUUCGACAGUCCUGCUUUCUAAACACCAUGUUUGGUGCAUGUCAGUUCCCGGACCCGAACCAGGUUUUGCGUUUGGAACUCGCCGGGUACUCAUCCGGGGAAGUCAUGGGCCAUCUCGAACGCCUGCCUCAGCACGCUAGGAUUGACGGUGUUUGGGUGAAAAACGUCAAGACGCUCGUUGUUACUACCAGCAUCGAUCGGCUGGUGGGAUCUACAGCUGAGUAUGCAAGAUUCAUGCAAAUGUGCCGCGAAAAAGGGCACAGCGGUAUAUCCAUGUUCUGGGAUCAUGAGACAGAGCCAGAUGUGCUUACGGCCCUCCAUCUGGACAAUAGCCAUGCCCAAAAUCCCGUGGUCGUGGCGUGGGAGAAGGCUCUGAAAGGUCAGAAGCGUGCUCCUAGUCAUAAUCUGAACCUCCCGCUGCUUCAACCAUUUGUCUGGGCACUGGGACAUGAACAAAGUCUCCCCGCCGCUGAUCAUGCCUCACGGCAUGUUCGGAAUGUCGAGACAUACAGAUCAGCAAUGAAGACGAGCAUGUAUCAAGGAAGCGACCUCAUCGCACAUGCGUUGAGUGAACGCUCAGUUGACUCCCAGGGCUUGAGUGAUGAGCGCAUAAAGGCUUAG